AUGUCUGAAGAGAGAACAAACAGCCAGGAAGAAUUGAGGGUUGUGCUGUUUGGAGGGAGGUUAUCUGGUAAAAGUUCUGUGAUCAACACUGUGUGUGGAGAAAACAUCAUCAACACUUACAGCAGAACUGGCCAAUGCCAUGAAUAUCAAAGGACAGUCAAUGGAACAGAGAUCACUCUGGUGGAUACUCCAGGCUGGUGGAAGUUUUUAUCUUUAAAGGACACUGCUGAAUGUCUGAGACAGGAACUUGUCCACAGUGUCACUCUGUGUCCUCCAGGACCACAUGCUCUCCUGCUUGUCAUUGAGUUGGACAUUCCAUUCACAGAGAAACACAGGAAAUCAAUGGAGGAGCAUCUAGAGCUCCUGGGUGGUGGGGUCUGGGCAUACAGCAUGAUAUUGUUCACCAGAAAAAGCUAUUUAAAAUCCAGAAACAUUGAAGAACACAUAGAAAAUGAAGGGGAAGCACUUCAGUGGCUCAUACAGAAAUGUGAGGGCAGGUAUCAUGUCUUUGAAAACAAGAACCAUAACAAUGACACCCAGGUCACUGGACUACUGGAGAAGAUACAGGGAGUAAGAGCAAAAAACAGAGGAGGAUGUUUUCAGAUUGAUCAGAAUGUUUUGCAGCAUCAGGAGGCAAAGAGAAAGAUCCCUGUGGAGAAAUCGACUGUAAGACAAAAACAGGCGAAGGAAAAAAGAAACAUAAUUCUGAAAGAGUUGAGAAUUGCACUGCUGGGCUGGGUUGCUGGUGGGAAAAGUUCAGCUGCAAAUAUCAUCUUGAAUACUGAUGAGUUUGUGACGGGAAGAAGAACCAUGAAAUGUCACAGAGCAUCUGGUGAAGUCUCUGGAAGGAAGGUCACUGUGUUGGACACACCCAGCUGGUGGAAGUUCCUUCCAAGCCACUGCACUCCAGAGUGGGUCAAGUCUGAAAUUUUACAGGGGGUGACCAACAGUCCUGAACCCCCUAAUGCAAUUCUUCUGGUGAUUCCUGGAGACACAUCAUUCAAGGAAGAACAAAGGAGGAUCAUUCAGGGGAACAUGGAGAUGUUUGGAGAAAAUGUCUGGAAACACACUAUUGUGCUCUUCACAUGGAGUGAUAUGCUUGGAGAUAUGCCCAUAGAACAGCACAUUGAGAGUGAAGGCAAAGCCCUGCAGUGGGUGUUGAAUAAAUGUGGGAACAGAUAUCAUGUAUUUGACAACAUGAAUAAGAGUGAUCACAGUCAAGUCACAGAGCUGCUGGAGAAGAUUGAGGAGAUGUUAGUGGAGAGAACCAGUCUGAGGAAAAAUGCAUAG